UUACACAACGGAAAUCGGUUUGUUGUCUUCCUGUUUCGAGAUGUGUGCCGCGGUAUGAAGUUGAUCGCGUGCUAUUGCACGGUCUAUGGACAGUAACGGUUUAUCUACAUUGUGUCAUGUCAUGAUUAUGCCCGUGGUAAAUCACGGAUCACUACAUCGACAUGGUGUUACAUUGUUACUAAAAUAACCGGACUGUCGCGUGGUUGGUGCUACAGUUCAAACGCACGAGGUAACGUUACUGUACAGUAGUGCAACAACUUGAAAUGACUGUCUGACAUUCGCUCACAUAUUGAGUGACAGGAUGCUGAGAACACUUUUAACAGCUGUCCGCGGUCCUGCGGUCUGCGUGGGUCGGUGUUUCAGCAGUGAAGUGAGUGGUGCAGUUUCCACGUUAGCCGGUUUCUCCUCUCCGCCGUUCUCAACGGAGGCUUCACUCUAUGUUCACUGGCCUUACUGUCUGAAGAGAUGCUCCUACUGUAACUUCAACAAGUACAUUCCUCGCUCUGACAACCAGGAUGUCAUGUUGGAGUGUCUCCAGCGGGAGACGGAGACCUUACUAAAGCUCAGCCAGGUGUCCCGGAUCACCUCUGUGUUUUUUGGAGGCGGGACUCCCAGCCUGGCCCGCCCCUCCACUAUUGCUGCAGUCCUAGAGACGGUUGCCAGGCAUGCUGGACUAUCAGAGGAGGCGGAGGUCACUCUGGAGGUCAACCCCACCCCCGUAGGAAGCUCUAAGUUGGAGGACUUCCUCCAUGCUGGCAUCAACCGUUUUUCCAUCGGGGUGCAGUCUCUCCGGGACGACGACCUGAAGGUUCUGGGGAGAGACCAUAACACCCAGCAUGCUUUGCAGACCGUAGCGGAGGCUCGGAGGCUCUGCCCGGGGAGGGUGUCUGUCGACGUCAUGUUCGGACGCCCUGGUCAGAGCGUUGCAUCCUGGGAGUUGGAGUUGGAUGAGCUGCUGUCGGUGUGUGAUGACCACGUCUCCCUGUACCAGCUGACCCUGGAGAGAGGCACACAGCUCUUCAGACAGGUCCAGAAAGGCCAACUGAGCGUGCCCAGUGAUGACAUCACAGCUGUCAUGUAUGACUCUGCCAGGAGGAUUCUUCAGAAGAGAGGCUAUCUGCAGUAUGAGGUGUCCAACUUUGCCAGAAAUGGUGCCAUCAGCCAACACAAUAUGAGCUACUGGAAGGCCAGUCAGUACCUUGGAGUGGGCCCAGGUGCCCAUGGUCGCUUCGUCCCCCGUGGAGAGGGGGAUGUGUGUCGAGAGGCCCGUACCCAGACUCUGGAGCCUGAUGUCUGGUUGAGAGAGGUGCAGCAGAGGAGUCACGGGACCCGACGCAGGAUACCCCUCACCCACCUGGGACUGUUGGAGGAAGUGUUGGUCAUGGGACUGCGUUUGAUUGACGGCAUCACUCACCAGCAUUGGCAGUUGUUCAGUCCCAGGGCAGAUCUGUACCAGAUUCUCAGCUCAUCCUCUGAAGUACAAGACCUUCAACAGACAGGCCUCCUAAUCCUGGAUGACAGGGGUCUGCGGUGCUCGUGGCAGGGCCUUGCCUUACUGGACAGCAUGUUACCCACUCUGCUGCUGCUGCUGGAGGCCUACAUCACCCAGGGGCUCCACAAUAACAGUGGUUCACUACAGCUCUGAUGACAGAGAACUAGAGAAGCGUGGAGGAACUGGAGUCCGUGGCACGCUGACCUUCAUAAACAACCUAUUUAACUGCUGCUUUUGGUAACUGCUUGUCGUGUGUGAGUGAGAGAGAGAGUGUGUGUGAGUGUGUGUGUGUGUGUAUGUUUGAGUGUGUGUGUGUGUUUGAGUGUGUGAGAG